GUUCUCGAUUCUUCCAUCCGAAGAGCAAGGUGGAACUCUCGUUCUUUUCAAAAUAUCAAGCAACUUCGAGAAAACCGUGUAUCUGUUUUUUUAGCUAUCUAGUAUACACUCUUGCGUAUCUUUACCGACUUAAUAGAUUGCUUCGAUACACACAUUUGCGGUGAAAAAUUGUUAGGAGAAAGUUUCUUCCUGCAUAACGGUUUUCCAGUAUUUAAUAAUCGCUAUAUACUUUGAUGGUAUUUUUUAUCAAUUGCAGUAUUUAUUCGUCUUUUCGUCUAUCUAUUUGCCUAACAUGUAAACAUUCGUCGCAAAGUGAGCGAAGACAAAGUGAACGUGUUAUGAAGUGUCAAGUUUAAUUAAUGCAGUGGAAAAGGAUAAAUUGUAAUCAUUGUUUACAAAUUAUUGAGUGAACAAUGUUCGUUAGAGACCCGUGCGGUAUUGUCUGCAUUAUUGUUACUUAUGUCGCUAUUUUUUACGCCGACUACGUCGUCAUAAGAUGGAUUAUUUUGCAUACUAUGCAGGAUAGUUUAUGGGGUCCUUUUCAUGUUGUGACCUUCAACACAGUUGUGCUAUUGCUCAUGAUAUCGCAUCUGAAAGCAAUAUGCAGCGAUCCAGGUGUUGUCCCACUACCUCAGACUCGUAUGGAUUUUUCGGACAUUCAUACGGGUGGUUCAGGAGUGAGUGAUGAUUGUGACGACGAUGGAAAUUGGACAGUCUGUACCAGAUGCGAAACUUAUAGGCCUCCCAGGGCGCAUCAUUGCAGAAUAUGCGAGAGAUGUAUUAGAAGAAUGGACCAUCAUUGCCCGUGGAUAAACAAUUGUGUUGGCGAGAGAAACAAAAAGUUCUUCAUUCAGUUUUUAGUUUAUGUUGGAACGUUGGCUGUUUACGCAAUAACUCUUGUUAUUUUUUCAUGGGUUCUUGAUUGUCCAGAAUGCAGCAAUGAUGUAACCAUAAAACAAAGUAGAAUUUUGCACUGCGUCAUUUUGGUGCUAGAAUCGGCGCUUUUUGGAAUGUUUGUUGUGGCGAUAUUGGUGGACCAAUUCCAAGCGAUAUUGAGUGAAGAGACAGCGAUAGAAAAAUUGCAAGGUGGUCAUCACCACCAUCAUAAUAAUCGUCCUGCUCCGAGAACUCUAACUUUGCUGUCACAAGUUUGUGGCAAGAGUCAUCCGGUGCUUUGGCUGUUGCCUUGUCACAAUCCGCCACGUUACUCGUACCGACGUGACGAUCGUCUUUUAGAUCACGAUGUGUAGAAUUUUCCUGCUUGAAACGUAAAGAAAAAAACCAAAAAAAAAAAACACAGACAACAAAGGAAUUCCGUAAACAAAUAUGUGAUUUUUCGAAGAAAUUCGAUUGCAAAUCGAAUGCCUACAAUUGAAUAACAUAUCUAUAUUAUUUCGCCCUUGACAGAGCCUAACAUUUGUUUUUUUUUGUUUUUCGUUUAAUUGUUUUUUAUUGUCAAUCCUGGGCUUCAAGAACGAGGUCGAAAACUAUCUCAAUUGGAGUAAAAAGUAAUCAUCGUUAAAUGUCCACCAAAUCGGACUUUUUCAUACACUAUUCUAUUCGUUAUGAAAAAACGAAGAAAAUCGUGAGAACUUUCCAUCAGAUAGAAGGAAUAUUUUAUACCAGAGACAAGUUUGGAGUCAUUUUCAGGCCCCUUGUAGAUUUGCGUUCGGAAAAAUCGAUUGUAAGUUUUAAUUGAAUUUUGAAAUGGUCCAGAAAUUUGGAGCCUUUAGUGAUGAUCACCUACGUGAAAAUGAAAAGACGUUAAAGUCCUUCAAUGACUGAAAUCGAGGCUUUCAAAUCAUUUUUUCGGCUUAUUGUAUUCUGAAGAAGUUUUGAAAAAUAUUACGUCAGUUCUUGUUUUUUUUUUUUUUUUUUUUUUUUUUUCAUUCAAUGGUGAAAACGAUUAGCCAAAGUAUUUUAAUCGUCGGAAAUAGGCUCGACCGCUUGAGUAUUGAUUUUUGCUCAUAUUCGACUAGGGAAAUGUGAAAAUGCUAAAUGAAAAAGAAUUUUCGUGUUUUAGUGAUGCAAACAUUUAAUACCUCGAAGAUAUAAAUAUUUGUAUAUGUGUUUGCUUUUGUGAAUUCCCAUCGGUGUAAAUCUCACUCUCUUUAUCAUCAAUAUAAUUAUUUAUACAUAUAACUUAAACUAUGAAAUAAUAUAUGCAUUACAUAGAAACAAAGACGAAGAUUAAAUAAUGGCUAUUCCUGUCUAAUUUCUACUUAAAAAAAGCCUCUAGUCUAGAGAACUCUUGGAUGUGGAUAGAUAAAAACAAAACAAAGAAAAGAAAACGGAAGCACAUUUAUGAUAAGUUUACAAGACAAAACGCAAUGAAAAAAGUGAUGUAAAUUUUUGAGUAAGCUUCGAGCCUGGAGUCAAGUUGUCCUUUGUAAGGAAGAGAAAAGAAAAUGGCGAGAAAAAUAGCUUUUACAUGCUUUGAAAUAUUAUAUAUACACGUAAAAUGACUGAUUAAUUAAACCAUUUUUUUCUUCCAUACUAUUUUGUGUUUGAUAAUGAAACAAGGAGUUUAAAAAGUCUGCGAGAUUCCUCGUAUAAUCACGCAUAGUUUCAAUAUUUUGUAAAAACAAAAAUGUUAUUUUUUUCAUUUAAUUUUAAUGGAACGAAUUGUUUCUGCUGGUGAUUCAUCGUCGUAUGUAGAAUUUAUACACGUAUUCGUAAUAAAUUUAUCUUUCAAUCUA